AGCCUAACGUAGACGGAAUGACGAGCUCUGCUCCCGUCACACUCACCUCCCCGUAUCCAUACCGUAUGGUGAGUGUAUAAUAUGCCUGAAAUUUUGGACCGUGCUCUGACCUGCCAAUGAUCAUCUCCUUUCUUCAUGUUUAUCUGUCGUCGGUCUUCCUCCUCUUAUCUCCGUUCUUCCCUGCUCCAUCCAUAUUCUCACCAAAUGUCACUCCCCACCCCUCCUGUCUUUAUUCCCCUUCCUUCCUUCCUUAUCAUUCCCGCUUGAUCUUUAUUGUUGUAUUCCACACACGCUUUCCCCUCCAAAUUCACAUGGUUCUUUUCCCCUUUGAACUCGCGGUUGUUUUCUGUUAUCGGUCUUUGACAUUUUCUUUCGACUUUCCCUUAUUUUACUAUUUUAAUUCAACUCAAAUUUCGUCCAUCCCGUUCUGUUUGUACCAUUUUUAACAUACUAUAUUAUAUCUACCUGUUUCUUUGAUGUUUUCAUUCCCCGAACUGCUAACCUCACUUCCCUUUCUGGAAUUAUAUCUCAUUGCUAAAGCAUCAUGUCCCGCACCCCCAUGCUCAUGCCCGAC